UGAUGUCUUAUCAAUGGAUUGCUUUUAUCUUUGCUGCUUUCUUCAUUCCUUCAGUACUGUGCUGUCACUAUGGAUAUGUGUAUACCAGCCCUUCAUCAACUACUGUCAGCUUGAAUGACAAUGCCAUUUUUCGAUGUGAUGGUGAUGGUGAUUACCUGUACUGGUUCAUCGAUGGUGUAAACGCUGAUGACAUUACAAGUGAAGACUUGACAAAAAGAGGAAUCAGCUAUUACACUGAUUUCAAUUUUUGGCAUUGUUUUCCAAAGUACUCAUUUCUAUCCAUUGCCGGUAACUGUCUCAAUAACAAUACUGAAGUGUAUUGUGUCAUUGUGGGUGACUUUUACAAUGAUACAAGUUCAGUUGCAAACUUGACUGUGCAAGGUGAACCUGUGAUUGUGAAUGACUUUAAAGUCAUAUCUACAACAGUUAACAGUAUUACUGUUUCAUGGGAUGUCACUCCAAUAGAGAAUUCGUCACUUACUCUUGGUAUCACUGAUUCAUAUGGAACAGUUAAUGAUACUAUUAAUGUGACUGGAGCAGACAGUGUUUACAAUUAUAUUGAAAUGAUGUCUUUUGAUCCUUGUAAUGUUUAUACUUUCAAAUUGACACCACAACCCUUGUUGGCUGGUUGUCACAACAUCAGUACCAUUGCUUCAUUUCCAUUAAGCAAACCCAACAAUGUUAGUGUGUCAUAUAAUUUUAACAAAGGCUUACUGAAAGUUAAUUUUCAAAUUGAUCUGUGUUUCCAGAAUAAGAUCCAGCUACUACUAUAUGGUGUUGAUGGGACCUUUAAUUUAUCAAAUCUGCUAUACAUAGAAGACAUUCCCCUCAGUAAUCAGAUUUGUGUUGUGAAUUGGAGUACAAAACUCAACAUCCACUCAAUUUACUUUUUAACUGUUUUAGCCCUUGAUACAUAUGGAACUGGAACUUCUGAUAUAACAGAAAUAAAUACAUAUAAUGUAAAAGAUCUGAUAAUUACAAGAAAUGGGGAUGAUGUUUGUUUCACUUGUGUUACGAUAAUGGACUGCUACAUGUCAAUAGAGCCAAUACAAGCAUCACUUCAUCCCAUUAAACAUAAUGCAUCCUGUUAUUCUUUCAUUACUAAUGGAACUUACAUAGUUUAUGUUCAUGAUAUUGAUCAUAAUGGUACGAUAGUACUGAUGCCAACUAUUGUUGAAAAAUACAUAGUUGAUUGGUUCAUCCCCUCUCUUGAAUUUUCAAGCACAGAAAUAUUAUCUUCAUCACAAUUUGAAGGAUUAAUGAGUACUUACUCUUCAUACAUUGGCAUUAAUGGAUCUACUUCUAGCAUUGUCAAACUAGGAAUUGGAAAAACUGAAACAAAUAGUCAGUCCAACACCAGUUAUAUUCUUGGGAGUAUGCUUGCACUCUCGGGAAUUAUCCUGCUAAUUGUAUUGGUAAUAAUACCAAUAAUAGUUUUGCGUAGAAAGAAAAAAGCCAAUACUGUGCCAGUUGAUGCUUCAUCUGAUAGUAAACAAUGUGAUUCUGACUAUCCUGUAAUUACAACAACAAAUGCAGCAUAUGAGAUGGUACAUAUGGGCGGAGGUAAUGAAGGACAACAAGCAUCAGAUAACAACUAUUCUCUGGCUCAGUCCAUCAAUGAUGCACAUAUAUAUGAUGAUCCAGAUAUACCAAGAGAAUUGCUUCCCCCAGCAAUUCCACCACGUUUGUACGAAGAUUCUACUAUGCCAAUAUAAUAGUAGCUAUGUAGCUAUAGCUCAUAACUGUUUACUUAUAAACUUCAGCAUAAAGACUACUUUUGUAAUGUGAUUGUCAAGGUAUAAUUAUUUUAAUUUGUGCUUUUGAGUAAUUGUUUUGCAUGCUAAUGGUAAG